AUGGAGAGGUUUCUGAAGUUAUUGAUCCUGAUUCAAUUUGCACUUUGUCCACUGUUGGUGUAUAGAGGAAUGAACUACAAGAAGUCGAUUCCAGAAUUAACCAAUGAACAAGUCUAUUCAAAUGAAGGCGAUUUGAUUUCAUUAAAUAAUCAAGAUUAUAAAGACUCAUUCGAAGAAAUGAUCAACUACUAUCAAACAAAUAUCAAACCGACUCACCGACGACGUGUAUUCUCCAGAAAACCAAACACUUGUGAACCUUACAAAUACUUCAUAUUUCGUAAAACUUCCAAAACAGGUAGUAGCACUGUAUCAUCGAUAUUCUUCAGAUAUGGCUUGUACAAUGACCUCAAAGUUGCGCUUCCAAAUCCCAUGAGCAGCAUGAUGAUAGGCAUUGCAAAUUCCACAGUGCGAGUUCACCGUACUUGCAAUGAUCCAUCGACUGAAUUCAAUUUUAUGGCGAAUCAUAUAUUUCGGUACGACUACAACGUGCUUAAGAACUUUAUACCAAGAGCUAAGUUCAUAACCAUUAUCCGUUCACCAAUUGAUUCAUUCGAGUCUAAAUUUUAUUUCAUGAACUAUGAUAAAAGGUAUAAGUUGGAUAACCAAUCUAAUCCACUUGAAACAUUUCUAUUGGAUAACACUUAUCAGGAAUAUUUAGAUAGCGUGUUAGUAUCUCGAGUGUCAACCUGGUUUAAUGUAACGAAUGGUGUUAGAUUGUUGGAAAUGGAAAAAGAAUUUGAUUUGGUGAUGAUCACAGAAUAUAUGGACGAAUCUCUAGUUCUAUUGAAAAAGAUGAUGUGUUGGACAUUUGACGAUAUAAUAUAUCGUUCGCAAAAAGUAUCCGAGAUACAACGACCACCCAUGACGAAAGAAAUGGGGCAAGUAAUUGGGGAGAGAUUGUCUCUCGAUACGCGAGUAUACGAACAUUUCAACCAGUCACUGUGGCGUAAAAUACAGAAUUAUGAUGGUGAUUUUUAUACAGAUUUAUCAAUAUUUCGUAUGAAACUAUCUGAGAGUGCAGAAAAAUGUAGAACUAUGAAAAACAACAAUGAAUAUUGCCAGUUGCUUGAAGAUGACGUUUCUACACUCCAAAGGAAGAUUGCAUUCAAACAACAUAAAGACUUAUGCGAUAAGAAUCUCACAAAUAAAGAGUGGCAUUCCCGACAACCACUAAAACAACUGAUUAAAUAA